AUAUCAAUGAAUGUUCUCUUAGCAAUAACUUAUGUAGAAAUGGGAAAUGUGUGAAUGUGAUUGGAAUGUAUCAGUGUUCCUGUAAUCCUGGGUACCAGGCAACUCCAGAUAAGCAAGGCUGCAUCGAUAUUGAUGAGUGCAUGAUUAUGAACGGAGGCUGUGACACUCACUGCAGUAAUUCAGAAGGCAGCUAUGAAUGUAGUUGCAGUGAUGGAUAUGCUCUAAUGCCAGAUAUGAGGAGUUGCGCAGAUAUUGAUGAAUGUGACAGUAACCCAGAUAUCUGUGAUGGUGGACAGUGCAUUAACAUUCCAGGAGAAUAUCGUUGUCUUUGUUAUGAUGGAUUCAUGGCUUCUGUUGACAUGAAAAUAUGCAUUGAUAUUGAUGAAUGUGCCUUCCAGAAUAUAUGUGUGUUUGGUACUUGCAAUAACUUACCUGGCAUGUUUCACUGUAUUUGUGAUGAUGGCUAUGAACUGGAUAGAACUGGAGGAAAUUGUACAGAUAUUGAUGAGUGUGCUGAUCCUAUAAAUUGUGUCAAUGGCUUUUGUGUAAAUACUCCUGGAAGGUAUGAAUGUAACUGUCCUCCAGAUUUCCAGCUGAACCCAACAGGAGUUGGCUGUGUUGAUAACAGAGUUGGCAACUGUUACUUGAAAUAUGGACCAAGAGGUGAUGGGAGUCUGUCCUGCAGUACUGAAAUUGGUGUUGGAGUCAGUCGUUCUUCUUGUUGCUGUUCCUUGGGAAAGGCCUGGGGGAAUCCCUGUGAGACAUGCCCACCUGUAAAUAGCAGUGAAUAUAAUACCUUGUGUCCAGGAGGCGAAGGCUUCAGACCAAACCCCAUAACAAUUAUCUUAGAAGACAUUGAUGAAUGCCAAGAAUUGCCUGGUCUAUGCCAAGGUGGAAACUGCAUCAAUACUUUUGGCAGCUUCCAAUGUGAAUGUCCCCAUGGGUACUAUCUCAGUGAAGAAACACGUAUCUGUGAAGAUAUUGAUGAGUGUGUUGCACAUCCUGGUGUAUGUGGUCCUGGGACAUGCUAUAACACCUUAGGAAACUAUACCUGUAUUUGCCCCCCAGAAUAUAUGCAGGUGAAUGGAGGACAUAACUGUAUGGAUAUGAGAAAGAGCUUUUGUUAUAGAAGCUAUAAUGGAACAUCUUGUGAUAAUGAACUGCCCUUUAAUAUUACCAAGAGAAUGUGUUGCUGCACUUACAAUGUUGGGAAAGCCUGGAACAAGCUGUGUGAACCAUGCCCAGCUCCAGGGACAGUUGAAUUCAAAACAUUAUGUGGAAAUAUUCCUGGUUUCACCUUUGACAUUCAUACCGGAAAAGCAGUUGAUAUUGAUGAAUGUAAAGAGAUUCCAGGUAUUUGUGCAAAUGGUGUUUGCAUCAAUCAGAUUGGAAGUUUUCGUUGUGAAUGCCCCACAGGAUUUAGCUACAAUGAUCUGCUCUUGGUCUGUGAAGAUAUCGAUGAAUGCAGCAAUGGUGAUAAUCUCUGUCAACGAAAUGCAGAUUGUAUCAAUAGUCCCGGUAGUUACCGCUGUGAAUGUGCUACAGGUUUCAAACUUUCACCCAAUGGUGCUUGCAUUGAUCGCAAUGAAUGCCAGGAAAUACCUAAUGUAUGUAGUCAUGGCACGUGUGUGGAUAAAGAGGGGAGCUACUACUGCAUCUGUCAAAAUGGUUUUAAGGCAUCUCGUGAUCAAACUAUGUGCAUGGAUGUAGAUGAAUGUGAAAGACAUCCUUGUGGGAAUGGAACUUGUAAAAAUACAGUUGGAUCAUAUAACUGCCUGUGCUAUCCAGGAUUUGAGUUAACUCAUAAUAAUGACUGUAUGGAUAUUGAUGAGUGCAGUUCCUUCUUUGGGCAGGUGUGCAGAAAUGGAAGGUGCUUUAAUGAAAUUGGUUCUUUCAAAUGUUUAUGUAAUGAAGGUUAUGAACUUACUCCAGAUGGCAAAAAUUGUAUUGAUAUUAAUGAAUGUGUAGUGCUCCCUGGCUCAUGCUUUCCUGGGACAUGUCAAAAUUUGGAAGGAUCAUUCAGAUGUAUCUGCCCACCAGGAUAUGAAGUAAAAAGUGAAAGCUGCAUUGAUAUUGAUGAAUGUAAUGAGGAUCCUAACAUCUGCCUGUUUGGGACCUGCACUAAUACUCCAGGAGGAUUUCAGUGCAUCUGCCCUCCAGGUUUUGUAAUAUCUGACAAUGGCAGGAGAUGUUUUGAUACUCGACAGAGCUUCUGUUUCACUAACUUUGAGAAUGGGAAGUGCUCUGUGCCAAAAGCAUUUAAUACCACCAAGGCAAAAUGUUGUUGCAGCAAGAUGCCAGGAGAAGGUUGGGGUGAUCCAUGUGAACUGUGUCCUAAAGAAGAAGAAGUUGCUUUUCAGGAUCUAUGUCCAUUUGGCCAUGGAACUAUACCUGGAAUAGAUGAUACACGAGAAGAUGUCAAUGAAUGUCUGGAGAAUCCUGGUAUUUGUUCCAAUGGACACUGCAUAAACACUGAUGGAUCAUUCCGUUGUGAAUGUCCCUUGGGAUACAACCUUGACUACACUGGAGUGCAAUGUGUAGAUACUGAUGAAUGUUCCAUUGGUAAUCCUUGUGGAAAUGGCACAUGUUCAAAUGUGAUUGGUAGUUUUGAAUGCAAUUGCCUGGAUGGAUUUGAACCUGGACCAAUGAUGAAUUGUGAGGAUAUAAAUGAAUGUGCACAAAAUCCUUUGCUUUGUGCUUUUCGCUGUAUAAAUACUUACGGUUUCUAUGAAUGCACCUGUCCAGUGGGAUAUGAAUUAAGAGAGGACCAGAAAAUGUGCAAAGAUCUCGAUGAAUGCGCAGAAGAUCUACACGACUGUGAAUCUAGAGGCAUGAUGUGCAAAAAUCUGAUUGGAACCUUCAUGUGCAUAUGUCCCCCCGGGAUGACUCGAAGACCAGAUGGAGAAGGUUGUAUUGAUGAAAAUGAAUGCCACAGUAAGCCUGGUAUCUGUGAAAAUGGUCGUUGUAUAAACAUUAUUGGAAGUUACAUAUGUGAAUGUAAUGAAGGUUUCCAGUCAAGCCCAUCUGGAACUGAAUGCAUCGACAACCGACAAGGUUUCUGCUUUGCUGAAGUCUUGCAGACAAUGUGUCAAAUGGCCUCCAGUAGCCGUAAUCUUGUCACCAAAUCAGAAUGCUGUUGUGAUGGUGGAAGAGGAUGGGGCAAUCAGUGUGAGAUUUGCCCACUCCUAGUAACAACUCAGUACAAGAAGCUGUGCCCACAUGGUCCGGGGUAUACCACUGAUGGGAGAGAUAUUGAUGAGUGUACGGUCAUGCCAAACUUAUGUAGACAUGGCCAAUGCAUAAACACCAUGGGUUCCUUCAGAUGUUUUUGUAAAGUUGGCUAUACUACUGACAUAAGUGGAACUUCUUGUGUGGAUCUUGAUGAAUGCUCCCAGUCUCCCAAACCAUGCAAUUUUAUCUGCAAGAAUUCUGAAGGAAGCUACCAGUGUUCAUGUCCACGUGGCUAUAUCCUCCAAGAUGAUGGAAAAUCCUGUAGAGAUCUUGAUGAAUGUCAGACUAAACAACAUAACUGUCAAUUCCUUUGUGUCAAUACCUUGGGAGGAUUCACAUGUAAAUGUCCACCAGGUUUCACACAACAUCAUACGGCCUGUAUAGAUAACAAUGAAUGUGGAUCACAGCCUUCACUUUGUGGAUCAAAAGGAAUCUGUCAAAAUACUCCUGGAAGUUUUGCCUGUGAAUGCCAAAGAGGUUUCUCUUUAGAUUCCACUGGAUUGAACUGUGAAGAUGUGGAUGAAUGUGGCGGAAAUCACAGAUGUCAGCAUGGCUGCCAAAAUAUUCUUGGUGGCUACAGAUGCAGCUGCCCACAAGGAUAUAUCCAGCAUUACCAGUGGAAUCAGUGUGUGGAUGAAAAUGAAUGCUCAAAUCCUAGCAUUUGUGGUUCAGCUUCAUGCUACAACACUCUUGGAAGCUACAAAUGUGCGUGUCCCUCUGGAUUCUCUUACGAUCAGCUCAAUAGCGCAUGCCAUGAUGUCAAUGAAUGUUCCUCUACUAAGAAUCCCUGCAAUUAUGGCUGUUCCAAUACUGAAGGCGGAUACCUCUGUGGCUGCCCUCCGGGGUAUUACAGAGCAGGACAAGGGCACUGUGUCUCCGGUAUGGGAUUUAGCAAAGGCCAGUAUCUACCAGUGGAUCAAGGAGAAGAGAAUGCUUUAUCCCCAGAAGCUUGUUAUGAGUGUAAAAUUAAUGGAUACUCCCAAAAAGAUAGCAGGAAGAAAAGAAGCCUCAACCAAUUGGAGCCUGCAGAGAUCAGUUUGGAAAGUUUGGACAUUGAUCUCCCAUUGAAGAUGAGAUUCAGCGUAACUGGCCUUGGCAAUAAAGAACACAUAUUAGAUCUCAUGCCUGCAAUAGAGACCCUCACAAAUCACAACCGCUACGUUAUCUCCUUUGGUAAUCACAACAGCACCUUCCGGAUUCAUCAGAAAGAUGGGCUCAGUUAUCUUCAGGUUGCUAAGAAAAAAGCCACAACUGGUAUUUAUACACUGGAAAUAGUUAGCAUUCCCCUGUACAAAAAGGAAGAGCUAAAGAAAUUGGAAGAACGCAAUGAGGACAACUACCUCCUAGGAGAACUUGGAGAAGCUCUUAAAAUGAGACUUUGGAUUGAACUCUAUUAAAACCGUCCUUCCUCACUCCCAUCAUGAAGGAUUCUGUUCAGAUAUCAUAUCACAUAUACUUUGGUUUUGAAAGCUUUAAAGGGGUCAGUAACUUACUUUUUCAGAAGACCCAAAAUUGCAAAUAGUGACCUCUGCAUCCUCCUGUC